AUGGCUUCUCUAUAUGUUGGCGACCUGCACCCUGAUAUCACUGAAGCUAUGCUGUAUGAGAAAUUCAGCCCAGCUGGACCAGUACUGUCUAUUCGAGUAUGUCGUGAUAUGAUCACCCGACGCUCUCUGGGUUAUGCCUAUGUGAAUUUCUCGCAACCCACGGACGGUAAGAAAUAAAGCAUGCCUCAAAAUCGGUGUCUGUUUACGUUACAGUAAAGCGUUAAUUGGAUCUUUUGAUUUGAGCAUGUUGUCAACCGUGUUAUUCAGUGCAUUUGUCUAAAAGAGUAUCCAAUGUAAAGCACAUCUUGAUUUUAAUGAGCAUCAAUUGUGAUAUGAUUUCCUGUUAGAAAGUCCACUAUAUAUACAAAAGUAUGUGGACACCCAAUCAAAUUAGUGGAUUCGGCUAUUUCAGCCACAUCCGUUGGUGAAAGGUGUAUAAAAUCGAGCACACUGACAUGCAAUCUCCAUAGACAAACAUUGACAGUAGACUGGCCUUAUGGAAGAACUCAGUGACUUUCAACAUGGCACCGUCAUAGGAUGCCACCUUUCCAACAAGUUAGUUUGUCAAAAUUCUGCCCUUCUAGAGCUACCCCGGUCAACUGUAAGUGCUGUUAUUGUGAAGUGGAAACUUCUAGGAGCAACAAUGGCUCAAACGCGAAGUGGAAGGCUACUUAAGCUCACAGAAGGGGACCGCUGAAGUGCGUAAAAAUCGUCUGUCCUCAGUUGCAACAUUCACUACAGAGUUCCAAACUGCCUCUGGAAGUAACAUCAGCACAAGAACUGUUCGUCGGGAGCUUCAUGAAAUGGCGAGCAGCCGCACACAAGCCUAAGAACCCCAUGCGCAAUGCCAAGCGUUGGCUGGAGUGGUGUAAAGCUCGCCGCCAUUGGACUCUGGAGCAGUGGAAACGCGUUCCCUGGAGUGAUGAAUCAUGCUUCACCAUCUGGCAGUCCGACGGACAAAUCUGGAUUUGGCGGAUGCCAGGAGAACGCAUAGUGCCAACUGUAAAGUUUGGUGGAGGAGGAAUAAUGGUCUGGGGCUGUAUUUCAUGGUACGGGCUAGGCCCCUUAGUUCCAGUGAAGGGAAAGCUUAAAGCUACAGCAUACAAUGACAUUCUAGACCAUUCUGUGCUUCCAACUUUGUGACAACAGUUUGGGGAAGACCCUUCCUGUUUCAGCAUGACAAUGCCCCUGUGCACAAAGCGGAGUCCAUACAGAAAUGGUUUGUCGAGAUUGAUGUGGAAGAACUUGACUGGCCUGCACGGAGCCCUGACCUCAACCCCACCGAAAACCUUUGGGAUGAAUUGGAACGCCGACUGCGAGCCAGGCCUAAUCGCCCAACAUCAGUGCCCGACCUCACUAAUGCUCUUGUGGCUGAAUGGAAGCAAGUCCCCGCCGCAAUGUCCCAACAUCUAGUGGAAAGCCUUCCCAGAAGAGUAGAGGCUGUUAUAGUAGCAAAGGGGGGGGACCAACUCCAUAUUAAUGCCCAUGAUUUUGGAAUUAGAUUUUCAACAAGCAGGUGUCCACAUACUUUUGAUCAUGUAGUGUAUCUACAUCAUUCACACUUAUGUUACCUGUAUAGAGCUCUGUGGUUACCUCGACAGACUCCACUACAUAGUGCAAACAUACCAAUGCAAAUUAAGAAGAGGUGUAGGCUAAGCCCCAACUCCGCAAGUAACAUAAUUGAUCUAAAACUACACUGCUCAAAAAAAUAAAGGGAACACUAAAAUAACACAUCCUAGAUCUGAAUGAAUGAAAUAAUCUUAUUAAAUACUUUUUUCUUUACAUAGUUGAAUGUGCUGACAACAAAAUCACACAAAAAUUAUCAAUGGAAAUCAAAUGUAUCAACCCAUGGAGGUCUGGAUUUGGAGUCACCCUCAAAAUUAAAGUGGAAAACCACACUACAGGCUGAUCCAACUUUGAUGUAAUGUCAAAAUUAGGCUCAGUAGUGUGUGUGGCCUCCACGUGCCUGUAUGACCUCCCUACAAUGCCUGGGCAUGCUCCUGAUGAGGUGGCGGAUGGUCUCCUGAGGGAUCUCCUCCCAGACCUGGACUAAAGCAUCCGCCAACUCCUGGACAGUUUGUGGUGCAACGUGGCGUUGGUGGAUGGAGCGAGACAUGAUGUCCCAGAUGUGCUCAAUUGGAUUCAGGUCUGGGGAACGGGCGGGCCAGGCCAUAGCAUCAAUGCCUUCCUCUUGCAGGAACUGCUGACACACUCCAGCCACAUGAGGUCUAGCAUUGUCUUGCAUUAGGAGGAACCCAGGGCCAACUGCACCAGCAUAUGGUCUCACAAGGGGUCUGAGGAUCUCAUCUCGGUACCUAAUGGCAGUCAGGCUACCUCUGGCGAGCACAUGGAGGGCUGUGCGGCCCCUCAAAGAAAUGCCACCCCACACCAUGACUGACCCACCGCCAAACCGGUCAUGCUGGAGGAUAUUGCAGGCAGCAGAACGUUCUCCACGGCGUCUCCAGACUCUGUCACGUCUGUCACAUGUGCUCAGUGUGAACCUGCUUUCAUCUGUGAAGAGCACAGGGCGCCAGUGGCGAAUUUGCCAAUCUUGGUGUUCUCUGGCAAAUGCCAAAAUGUCCUGCACGGUGUUGGGCUGUAAGCACAACCCCCACCUGUGGACGUCGGGCCCUCAUACCACCCUCAUGGAGUCUGUUUCUGACCGUUUGAGCAGACACAUGCACAUUUGUGGCCUGCUGGAGGUCAUUUUGCAGGGCUCUGGCAGUGCUCCUCCUGCUCCUCCUUGCACAAAAGCAGAGGUAGCGGUCCUGCUGCUGGGUUGUUGCCCUCCUACGGCCUCCUCCACGUCUCCUGAUGUACUGGCCUGUCUCCUGGUAGCGCCUCCAUGCUCUGGACACUACGCUGACAGACACAGCAAACCUUCUUGCCACAGCUCGCAUUGAUGUGCCAUCCUGGAUGAGCUGCACUACCUGAGCCACUUGUGUGGGUUGUAGACUCCGUCUCAUGCUACCACUAGAGUGAAAGCACCGCCAGCAUUCAAAAGUGACCAAAACAUCAACCAGGAAGCAUAGGAACUGAGAAGUGGUCUGUGGUCACCACCUGCAAAACCAGUCCUUUAUUGGGGGUGUCUUGCUAAUUGCCUAUAAUUUCCACCUGUUGUCUAUUCCAUUUGCACAACAGCAUGUGAAAUUUAUUGUCAAUCAGUGUUGCUUCCUAAGUGGACAGUUUGAUUUCACAGAAGUGGGAUUGACUUGGAGUGACAUUGUGUUGUUUAAGUGUUCCCUUUAUUUUUUUGAGCAGUGUAUAAUGGGAGAGGAUAAAUGUUUUCCCUCACUUUGGACUCUCAAGUAAACUUGCUCUGAACCAUGCAUGGCACAAUCAGUCUACUAAAGCAUACUGUACGGACUCUCAACUACUUUUUGCCUUGCAUGGACUAACUCCGUUGAGUGGAGAAGUACACAUUUGGAAUUGUAUCUCUUGACCCAUAUAGCGAUGGUGGCCCACUUCUUCCAUCUGACAGCGUUGGAGGAUUGAUCAGAAUCUGCUCCAAGACUCCUGCUUUGCCAUGUACAAGACUCCUGCUUUGUAUAUGUUGUAGCCAGGCUACUGUCUGUGUUCUGAUUCUACUUUUGAAUAGGUGGAGCUGCAGUUAUGCUCCAGAGUUCUGCUCCACACUGCCUAACGCCAGGGUUUCCCAAACUCAGUCCUCGGGACCCCAAGGGUUGCAGAUUUUGGUUUUUGCCCUAGCACUACACAUCUGAUUCAAAGUUUUGAACAUUUGCAUCAGCAAAAAACAAAAUGUGCACGCCUUUGGGUCCCGAGGACCGAGUUUGGGAAACGCUGAAACCCAAAGUGACCCAUUUCUGCUCCUAUUUAAAGGGCCAUCAGGGAACCGUUCUGCAGUGAAAUGUAUUCCCAUUACCACCCCUGCUGCCUUACACACCGAGAGGAAGAAAAGGCUCAUCUGAACAAUAACUCAUGCAUUUCUGUGCUUUUUGUGGAUCAUGUGAUGUCAUGCAUUUGUGUGUCAUCUGAUCUGAAAAGAAUACAUCUGAAUAGAUUGCUUCUGCAAAUACAUUUCUGCUGAAACCUUUCACCUGGAUGUAACACCUUCUUAUGGUUGGAUUUCUUGAGUAAUUGUUGAAGGGUGGUGUAAUUCCCAACAUCUCCAUGUUCUUCUCUACAUGUGGAUCUGUAAUGUUUUUCUCAGGUUCUAGGGGCUUACAUUGUCCCAACUUACUCCAUACAAGGGGAAACACUUGAGGAAUUUCCAACAUUUGUAUUGGGUUGUCAGUCCAAGCCCCAAUCCCCAAAAGUCUGAAAUAUAACAUAUAAUUUCAUGCUUUGAAAUACCACUUGAUUCAACAAUCACUCUUCUCAUUAUCCAAUGUAUAGUUAUUAUCUACAGUAGAAUAUUGUAUUUGUUGGGGAGUGUGACCUGGCAGGGUUGAGCUGUAGCAUAUUGUGUGUUCUACGAAGGUGUCUGUGUCUGCCAACUGUUUAUACAGUGUGGGCCUUUUUGGCUGUUGCGUUUUCAUUUUGCACCUGCAUCACUUACAGUUGAAGUCGGAAGUUUACAUCCACCUUAGCAAAAUACAUUUAAACUCAGUUUUUCACAAUUUCUGACCUUUAAUCCUAGUAAAAAUUCCCUGUCUUUAGGUCAGUUAGGAUCACCACUUUAUUUUAAGAAUGUGAAAUGUCAGAAUAAUAAUAGAGAGAGUGAUUUAUUUAUUUAAUCACAUUCCCAGUGGGUCAACAGUUUACAUAUACUCAAUUAGUAUUUGGUAGCAUUGCCUUUAAAUUGUUUAACUUGGGUCAAACGUUUCGGGUAGCCUUCCACAAGCUUCCCACAAUAAGUUGGGUGAAUUUUGGCCCAUUCCUCCUGACAGAGCUGGUGUAACUGAGUCAGGUUUGUAGGCCUCCUUGCUUGCACAUGCUUUUUCAGUUCUGCCCACACAUUUUCUAUAGGCUUGAGGACAGGGCUUUGUGAUGGCCAUUCCAAUACCUUGACUUUGUUGUCCUUAAGCCAUUUUGUCACAACUUUACUUGGGGUCAUUGUCCAUUUGGAAGACCCAUUUGCGACCAAGCUUUAACUUCCUGACUGAUGUCUUGAGAUGUUGCUUCAAUAUAUCCACAUCAUUUUCCUUCCUCAUGAUGCCAUCUAUUUUGUGAAGUGCCCCAGUCCCUCCUGCAGCAAAGCACCCCCACAGCAUGAUGCUGCCACCCCUGUGCUUUGUGGUUGGGAUGGUGUUCUUCGGCUUGCAAGCACCCCCUUUUUCCUCCAAACAUAAAGAUGGUCAUUAUGGCCAAACAGUUCUAUUUUUGUUUCAUCAGACCAGAGGACAUUUCUCCAAAAAGUACGAUCUUUGUCCCCAUGUGCAGUUGCAUACCGUAGUCUGGCUAUAAGGCGGUUUUGGAGCAGCGGCUUCUUCCUUGCUGAGCGGCCUUUCAGGUUAUGUCGAUAUAGGACUUGUUUUACUGUGGAUGUAGAUACUUUUGUACCUGUUUCCUCCAGCAUCUUCACAAGGUCCUUUGCUGUUGUUCUGGGAUUGAUUUGCACUUUUCGCACCAAAGUACGUUCAUCUCUAGCAGACAGAACGCGUCUCCUUCCUGAGUGGUAUGACGGCUGCGUUGUCCCAUGGUGUUUAUACUUGUGUACUAUUGUUUGUACAGAUGAACGUGGUACCUUCAGGCAUUUGGAAAUUGCUCCCAAGAAUGAACCAGACUUGUGGAGGUCUACCAUUUUCUUUCUGAGGUCUUGGCUGAUUUCUUUUGAUUUUCUCCUGAUGUCAAGCAAAGAGGUAGGCCUUGAAAUACAUCCACAGGUACACCUCCAAUUGACUCAAAUGAUGUCAGAAGCUUCUAAAGCCAUGACAUUUUCUGGAAUUUUCCAAGCUGACCCACUGGAAUUGUGAUACAAUUAUAAGUGAAAUAAUCUGUCUGUAAACAAUUGUUGGAAAAAUUACUAGUUUGUUAACAAGAAAUUUGUGGAGUGGUUGAAAAACGAGUUUUAAUGACUCCAACCAAAGUGUGUGUAAACUUCCGACUUCAACUGUAUCUGACUCAGUCUGUGCCAGAGUUGAGAGAACCCCAUGGCAAUAUUACCUGGAGGUUGAUCACAAAACACAACAUAACAUCAUGUCUAGGUCGAGAAUAUAUAGGUUAAGACAACGUCGUCACAAACCUGGGACUAGUGUCCCAUUGUUGCAAAGAGUUAUGGGAAAUGUCUUAAAGGCUCUGCAUGGUCAAUUUGACGUCUGAAGUGGCCAUACAGCAUUUACUGCGAUGCAGCCUUCGCAGACAUCAGGGCUUUCAUACUUCUUGAGCUUAGUGAAGCAGAGCUAUUGUGAAGGAAGUUGUCAAGGAAGUGAGUUUGUGUUUAUACAGGACCUACCGUCCCCACCUACCAUCAACCAAUCAUGUCAAUACGGAGCUAUACGGAGCCCUCCGCAUUGUUAGAAAAAUUUAGAGGGGCACGGUGAUGCCUGCAUGCCUCCGGGGGCUCCGUUAUGGCGUCACACCGUCCAUACACAGCCUCCGACCACAUUUACGGAUCAAGCAUAAAUUGGCUUUUAACUUUUGUCAUCUUCAACCUAGCAUCAUCUCAGGAAGUAAAAGUGUAGUACAACUACCACAGAUUUAGGUCUACGACUACUACCACAUACACUGAACAAAAAUAUAAACGCGAUAUGUAAAGUGUUGGUUUCAUGAGCUGAAAUAAAAUAUCCUAGAAAUUUUCCAUACGCACAAAAAGCUUAUUUCUGUCAAAUUCUGUGCACAAGUUUCUUUAUAUCCCUGUUAGUGAGCAUUUCUCCUUUGCUAAGAUAAUCCAUCCACCUGACAGGUGUGGCAUAUCAAGAAGCGAAUUAAACAGCAUGAUCAUUACACAGGUGCUCCUUGUGCUGGGGACAAUAAAAGGCCACUAAAAUUUGCAGAUUUGUCACACAACACAAUGCCACAGACCACUCAAGUUUUAAAGGGAGCCUGCAAUUGGCAUGCUCACUGCAGGAAUGUCCACCAGAGCUGUUGCCAGAUAAUUGAAUGAUCAUUUCUCUACUAUAAGCUGCCUCAAUGUCAUUUUAGAUAAUUUGGCAGUACGUCCAGCCGGCCUCAACACACCAGCCCAGGACCUCCACAACUGGCUUCUUCACCUGCGGGAUCGUCUGAGACCAUCCACCCGGACAGCUGAUGAAACUGUGGGUUUGCACAACCGAAGAAUUUCUGCAGAGACUGUCAGAAACCGUCUCAGGGAAGCUCAUCUGCGUGUUCGUCGUCCUCGCCAGGGUCUUGACCUGACUGCAGUUCGGCGCCGUAACCUACUUCAGUGGGCAAAUGCUCACCUUCGGUUGCCACUGGCACGCUGGAGACGUGUGCUCUUCAUGGAUUAAUCCCGGUUUCAACUGUACCGGGCAGACGGCGUGUAUGGAGUCGUGUGGGUGAGCGGUUUGCUGAUGUCAAUGUUGUGAACAGAGUGCCCUAUGGUGGCGGUGGGGUUAUGGUAUGGGCAGGCAUAAGCUACGGACAACGAACACAAUUGCAUUUUAUCAAUGGCAAUUUGAAUGCACAGAGAUACCGUGACGAGAUCCUGAGGCCCAUUGUCGUGCCAUUCAUUCACUGCCAUCGCCUCAUGUUUCAGCAUGAUAACGCACAGCCCCAUGUCGUAAGGAUCUGUACACAAUUGCUGGAAGCUGAAAAUGUCCUAGUUCUUCCAGUUCUGGCCUGCAUACUCACCAGACAUGUCACCUAUUGAGCAUGUUUGGGAUGCUCUGGAUUUAUAUGUAUGACAGCAUGUUCCAGUUCCCGGCAAUAUCCAGGAACUUUGUACAUCCAUUGAAGAGGAGUGGGACAACAUUCCACAGGCCACAAUCCACAAGCCUGAUCAACUCUAUGCGAAGGAGAUGUGUCACGCUGCAUGAGGCAAAUGGUGGUCACACCAGAUACUGACUGGUUUUCUGAUCCACGCCCCUACCUUUUUUUUUUUACGGUACCUGUGACCAACAGAUGCAUAUCUGUAUUCCCAGUUAUGUGAAAUCCAUAGAUUAGGGCCUAGUGAAUUUAUUUCAAUUAGUUCAGUUCAGAUAUUUCCUUAUGAACUGUAACUCAGUAAAAUCUUUGAAAUUGUUGCAUUUAUAUUUUUGUUCAGUGUAUUUGAGGAGUGUAGUCUUCAUGUGCCUAAAGUAGCUUUGGCUGACCAUCUCUACUUUCAGCAUGUCACAGCGGCAUUUAACAGUUUCAAGACCUGGUGUUGCUCAUCUGAACAUUCUUGUUGAAUGUGUCUCCCAUCAAUGGCAGGCAGAGAAUGCUCAACUCACACUCCACACCAGCACAUACCUCUCAGGACCCCUCUCUAAAUAUAGUCCCCAUCUCAGGCAGCCCAAAUGUUGCCUGCUUAUAAUAUCUAAAACCAUAUAAAGUCUCCAUUUAAGGAUAAUGUUUGACAGAAUCUAUUAGGGUGGCUACCAGCAUCACCUAGAAUAAACUAUCCAGUUUUCAGUUUUAUGACUAAAUACAUUUUAUAGUAUAUCAUCACACUGACCUGUGAAGUUCACUUCAAGGUUUUUUUUGUGUGUUACAUUCACUUCACCUCUUAUUUGAUUUCAUAAUGUGUUUAUCUAUCUCUGCUAUUCAUCCAUUGAGUAAUCCCAGCUCCACAUGGUGCCCAUUGGGCUCAUGUUUUUUCAUCAAGUUUGGCCCUGGGAACCUUCCAGAACUAGACAGACACCGAGCAACCAUCACACACCAUCUCUGAGCUGGUUUGUGUGAAGUACAAUUGCACAGAAAACUGCUGAUGCCAGCAGACGCAAGGGAGCUCUGUUUUGUUUACUGGACAUUUUUAGCUCUAAAGCCCGCAAGGGUGUGUGUUGCUGUGGAGUGACGGGGAACAAAGUGAAGCUCUCUGGUUGGCGCGUGUGCCCAGAUGGACAUGAGAGGGGACAUGUGAGAGCCAGGCGGCAGGAAAAUGAGAACGGGUACAACAUAAAUCACGAUAGGCAGAUCUAGAAACGUAAAUCGAAGUUACAGCACACUGGCGGCAUAUGUAGUUUGGACAAAUAAAAAUAAUACAGUGGCUGGUAUUUAUUAGAGAACCUCUAAUAGAGAACCUAUAAGAGUAUGUCAAGUUUUCAAGAGCCAUUUGCCCUAUUGAAUUAUAUAUGUACAUGUACUGUAUGUAUCCCAUUGUUUAUAUUCAUUAUGAGAGAGUGAAUAAUCUACAGUGGGGAAAAAAAGUAUUUAGUCAGCCACCAAUUGUGCAAGUUCUCCCACUUAAAAAGAUGAGAGGCCUGUAAUUUUCAUCAUAGGUACACGUCAACUAUGACAGACAAAAUGAGAAAAAAAAAUCCAGAAAAUCACAUUGUAGGAUUUUUUAUGAAUUUAUUUGCAAAUUAUGGUGGAAAAUAAGUAUUUGGUCAAUAACAAAAGUUUCUCAAUACUUUGUUAUAUACCCUUUGUUGGCAAUGACACAGGUCAAACGUUUUCUGUAAGUCUUCACAAGGUUUUCACACACUGUUGCUGGUAUUUUGGCCCCUUCCUCCAUGCAGAUCUCCUCUAGAGCAGUGAUGUUUUGGGGCUGUCGCUGGGCAACAGACUUUCAACUCCCUCCAAAGAUUUUCUAUGGGGUUGAGAUCUGGAGACUGGCUAGGCCACUCCAGGACCUUGAAAUGCUUCUUACGAAGCCACUCCUUCGUUGCCCGGGCGGUAUGUUUGGGAUCAUUGUCAUGCUGAAAGACCCAGCCACGUUUCAUCUUCAAUGCCCUUGCUGAUGGAAGGAGGUUUUCACUCAAAAUCUCACGAUACAUGGCCCCAUUCAUUCUUUCCUUUACACGGAUCAGUCGUCCUGGUCCCUUUGCAGAAAAACAGCCCCAAAGCAUGAUGUUUCCACCCCCAUGCUUCACAGUAGGUAUGGUGUUCUUUGGAUGCAACUCAGCAUUCUUUGUCCUCCAAACAUGACAAGUUGAGUUUUUACCAAAAAGUUAUAUUUUGGUUUCAUCUGACCAUAUGACAUUAUCCCAAUCCUCUUCUGGAUCAUCCAAAUGAACUUCACUCCUCUGUAGCUCAAUUGGUAGAGCAUGGCGCUUGUAACGCCAGGGUAGUGGGUUCGAUCCCCGGGACCACCCAUAUGUAAAAAUUUAUGCACACAUGACUGUAAGUCGCUUUGGAUAAAAGCGUCUGCUAAAUGGCAUAUCAUAUCAUAUCAUCAUAUCAUUCAGACGGGCCUGGACAUGUACUGGCUUAAGCAGGGGGACACGUCUGGCACUGCAGGAUUUGAGUCCCUGGCGGCGUAGUGUGUUACUGAUGGUAGGCUUUGUUACUUUGGUCCCAGCUCUCUGCAGGUCAUUCACUAGGUCCCCCCGUGUGGUUCUGGGAUUUUUGCUCACCGUUCUUGUGAUCAUUUUGACCCCGCGGGGUGAGAUCUUGCGUGGAGCCCCAGAUCGAGGGAGAUUAUCAGUGGUCUGGUAUGUCUUCCAUUUCCUAAUAAUUGCUCCCACAGUUGAUUUCUUCAAACCAAGCUGCUUACCUAUUGCAGAUUCAGUCUUCCCAGCCUGGUGCAGGUCUACAAUUUUGUUUCUGGUGUCCUUUGACAGCUCUUUGGUCUUGGCCAUAGUGGAGUUUGGAGUGUGACUGUUUGAGGUUGUGGACAGGUGUCUUUUUAUACUGAUAACAAGUUCAAACAGGUGCCAUUAAUACAGGUAACGAGUGGAGGACAGAGGAGCCUCUUAAAGAAGAAGUUACAGGUCUGUGAGAGCCAGAAAUCUUGCUUGUUUGUAGGUGACCAAAUACUUAUUUUCCACCAUAAUUUGCAAAUAAAUUCAUUAAAAAUCCUACAAUGUGAUUUUCUGGAAUUUUUUUCCUCAUUUUGUCUGUCAUAGUUGACGUGUACCUAUGAUGAAAAUUACAGGCCUCUCUCAUAUUUUUAAGUGGGAGAACUUGCACAAUUGGUGGCUGACUAAAUACUUUUGUCCCCCACUGUAUUAUGAUUUGUGGCUUGCAAGGGACUUCUGGUCCAAUGUGUCUGUGUGAGCGCCAUGUGCUCCUGCCUAGCCAACUGGAGCUGCCCCUCCCCUCCCCUAACAGCUGGUCAGUGUGGUGGCAGGCGGGGGUAAGACUCCAUAGCCACAUGGUGUAGUUAGUAGUUAGGACACUCCAAUAUUAGCGUGGUUCCUUAAUAAAAAAUGUGCCUUGAACUAGGGCCAGUAGUUUUUUUCUGACCACAUGACUUGACCAGGAAUAACUUCUAGUCCUAUCCAUCAAGACACAAUGUGGUGGAGUGAAUGAUUGGGAGGCGUACAUAUGGUGUUGCAUGGUGGGGUGUAGCAUGCAGCAUGGUGGGGUGUAGCAUGCAGCAUGUUGGGGUGUAGCAUGCAGCAUGGUGGGGUGUAGCAUGCAGCAUGGUGGGGUGUAGCAUGCAGCAUGGUGGGGUGUAGCAUGCAGCAUGUUGGGGUGUAGCAUGCAGCAUGGUGGGGUGUAGCAUGCAGCAUGGUGGGGUGUGCAUGAUUGGAAGUUGGCACUAAAUAGCAUAAACAACAUGGUGUGGUGGACCCAGUGGCUGAGAUGUUUUUAGUUUUGUAAGUAAACACCCUGACUCUACCCUCUGACCUCUCCCCCUGCCCUCUAGCCGAGAGAGCCCUGGACACCAUGAACUUUGAUGUGGUGAAAGGGAAGCCAAUCAGAAUAAUGUGGUCACAGAGAGACCCCUCCCUCAGGAAGUCUGGGGUGGGCAACGUGUUCAUCAAGAACCUGGACAAGACCAUUGACAACAAGGCCCUCUAUGACACCUUCUCUGCCUUUGGGAACAUCCUGUCUUGCAAAGUAAGAUGGAAGUGUUUCUGACCAGACAUCUGUAUGACAUUAUGUGUAUACAUACUGUGUAAUUUUUUUAAACCGCAUAAACUUGUCUCAAACAGGUUGUAUGUGAUGAGAAUGGUUCCAAGGGAUACGCGUUUGUGCACUUUGAGACGCAGGACGCAGCCGACCGCGCCAUCGAGAAGAUGAACGGCAUGCUUCUGAACGACCGCAAGGUGUGAGUGUCUGACCAACUAGGAGAGGGUGGGGAAGUGGCUGGACUUGAGUUAUAUCACUGUGUCGAACAGGGAUGGGCAACUCUAGUCCUCUGGGCCUGAUUGGUGACACACUUUUGCCCCAGCUAACACACCUGACUCCAAUAAUCAACUAAUCAUGAUCUUCAGUUUAGAAUGCAAUUAGUUUAAUCAGCUGUGUUUUGCUAGGGAUGGGGAAAAUUGUGACACCACUCCGGCCCCUGAGGACUGGAGUUACCAAUCCCUGGUGUAGAAAGUUGACAGUUUAGAUCAGGGUUCUCCAACCCUGUUCCUGGAUAUCUACCCUCCUGUAGGUUUUCACUCCAAACCCAGUUGUAACUAACCUGAUUCAGCUUAUCAACCAUCUAAUUAUUAGAAUCAGGUGCGCUAGAUUAGGGUUGGAGUGAGAACCUACAGGACUGUAGCUCUCCAGGAACAGGGUUGGAGACCCCUGGUUAAGAUCAAUCAAGGGCAGCUAGGAUGUUGAUAAGGAUUGUACAUGGUUGGAGUCUCAAGUAGUAGCUCAUCUGUUUGCCUAUACUGUGACAAGGCAGAAGACUAUUAAACUAAUUAAGGGGGAAGUUAAACAUUUCUGGUGAUAAUGAAGGUGAAUGAGUACACUCCAAAAGGGUUCUUUGGCCGUCCCCAAAGGAGAACCCUUUUUGGUUCCAGGUAGAACCCUUUUUGGUUCCAGGUAGAACCCUUUUUGGUUCCAGGUAGAACCCUUUUUGGUUCCAGGUAGAACCCUUUUUGGUUCCAGGUAGAACCCUUUCGGGUUCCAGGUAGAACCCUCUGUGGAAAGGGUUAUAAAUGGAACCCAAAAGGGUUCUACCUGGAACCAAAAAGGCCUGUAGAUAGAUAUAAGGAGCCAUAUAACACCCCAUACUCAGUCCCCAUACACCCUGGCUUUCUGUGUGGUUUGGUGAACUACACAACUAACAGUGAAUGUUUUUUUGCAGUGCUUACUGGGAAAUUAACCUUUUUAAACCUACACAACAAAAAAUGUCCACUCUCUGGUCACCUCACUCCCCGUGUCAGCUGAGCAUCCGUCUGUCUGUAUGUACGUUUGUCCACCCCGGUUGCCUGUCUGUCGUGUGUAACCACGCUUGUGUGUUUUAGUGAUGGAGCGAGUGCAGGAAUGCAAUACUGGAGCACGGCUUGGGAGAGGUCUGCAUAGCAAGGUACAGUCUGAGUAGAGGAAGAUGAUCUAUCAACCUCGUUUGGUCCUCAGCUUUCCUCUUUAUGGACCUCUGUCCCUCCAUCCCUCAAGUCUUGGACUAUGAAAUGUCAUUGUUUCUGUGCUGUGUUCUGCUUGAUUGUGGUGCCAUAAACAGUGCAAGAAGAAGUUUGAUCAAUGUUGUUCUUGAGAGGUCCUUGACUGACUCACUGUGAUGUUGUCUUAUACAAAGUGCUUCCUUCUAUUUAGUAGUCAUGUCUGGACAUCCUCAAUGUCAGUGCUGUGAACACCAGCUUGAAGCCUGAAAACAUGUAUCUCAGAUGAAAAACGCAGUCCCUUUCUCCCUCCUGCUCAGGACUGUUUUACAAGAGUUGUGUCGCUGCUCUCUCGCGGUGUUUAGGUUCGUUGGACGUUUCAAGUCUCGGAAGGAGAGGGAGGCAGAACUUGGGGCCAAAGCAAAGGAGUUCACCAACGUCUACAUCAAGAACUUUGGAGACGACAUGAAUGAUGACAAGCUAAAGGAAAUGUUUGACCAAUAUGGUAAGCUGUGACAAACAGACUCAUACUGAGUUUUCUCAUUAGUGGAGCAGUUUAGUUUUUCACAUGUUAGUCUUGUAAUCCACCCAAGGAACCUAGACAUGCACUUGCAUUUCUGAAAACUCAUAUAGCUGAGUCCCAAUUGUUACCUUUUCCUCCCUGCAGGUCAAACUCUCAGUGUGAGGGUUAUGACCGACCCCAGUGGUAAAUCCAGAGGUUUUGGCUUUGUGAGUUACGAGAAACACGAGGACGCUAACAAGGUAGGUACUAUUAUACCUUCAUAACAACAGUUGUCAAUACAAGUCAGUGGGCUUUCAUGGUUGGUGGAAAAAGACUGAGACAAUCACACUCUGGUUGUAACGAAUGAAUCUCUACUCAGGCAUGUGAGGAGAUGAAUGGCCAAGAGUUCAACGGGAAGACGGUGUUUGUGGGGCGCGCUCAGAAGAAGAUGGAACGGCAGGCGGAGCUAAAGAGAAAGUUUGAGAUGUUGAAACAGGAGAGGAUCAGCCGUUACCAGGUCAAUCACUCUCCUCCUCUGGCACCACUAUGGCUAAUAGAACACUGAUAAGAACCAAAUGCCAUCAUUCAACCUGACAUCUUGUUUCAUAGUACCCACCCAUUAGGCAACAAGCCAGGCUGAGUAUGUGUGUGGGUCAUGACUGUGUAUUUAUGGUUUCAGGGCGUUAACCUUUACAUUAAGAACUUGGACGACACCAUUGACGACGAGAAACUGCGAAAGGAGUUUAACCCAUUCGGGUCCAUCACCAGUGCCAAGGUGAGAGAGUUCAGCAGAGGUCAAUAUGGUCCAACAACAAUGACCCCUUUUUAGUUGUGUAUUUGAAGUGUGUUAUCCAGAUAUAACACAGCUGACUUCUCUCGCUGCAGGUGAUGCUGGAGGAGGGACGGUCCAAGGGCUUUGGGUUUGUCUGCUUCUCCUCUCCUGAGGAGGCCACCAAGGCUGUGACUGAGAUGAACGGGCGCAUCGUGGGCUCCAAGCCACUCUACGUGGCCUUGGCUCAGCGCAAAGAAGAGCGCAAGGCCCACCUCACUAACCAGUAUAUGCAGCGCAUCGCUGGCAUGAGGGCCAUGCCGACCAACGCCAUCAUCAACCAGUUCCAGCCGGCCAGUGGAUACUUCAUGCCUGCAGUGCCACAGGUUAGUGUUGGAGGGAGAGAGGGUUAAAAUGGGUUUGAGAUAAAGUUAUGUGUGCUUUACUGGAAAUGCCCUUCACAACAGCCAUGUCAGGGUUCUGACAGUUGAUAGGAUAGACUGCUGUGCAAAUGCCAGUAAGAUGAUUGGCACUGUAACAAGUGAGUCAGUUGUUGUUUACAUAGAGUAAGAUUGAGAACUUUAAUGUUGUGCAACAUUAUUGCACACAUGGUUACUUGUCUGUCAUUGUGUGUGCGCGUGCGUCAGGCCCAGAACAGGACCACCUACUAUGCACCCAAUCAGCUGGCCCAGAUGAGGCCCAACCCCCGCUGGCAGCAGCAGGGUGGCAGAGGCCAAGGUGAGGGUUAGAGAUGACAUUAUACACAAUGACUGAAUCUAUCAUGGGUUAUAUAUCCAGGCUAUGUUUAUUCAAGUACUACAUGUCCAUACUGUAUUAUGGGGACUUUAACUGCUGUUCAAUAAUAACCCUGCCUCCACCCUCCUUCCUAGGUGGGUUCCAGGGGAUGCCCAACUCCCUGCGCCAGCCUGGUCCACGUGCCAACCUGAGACACCUGACUCCCAAUGCCAGCGCCCAGGGCCCCCGAGGCAUGGGGCCUUCUGGAGCUCAGAGAAUUGGUAAGACUGGAUUGCCUCAGUAUAUCUGAUAUUAACUGAUUACAAUUGAUAUGGUGGAAAUAAUACCUCAUCAAACUUCAUAUACUUGGCGCAUACAUCCUUUAUGUUUAAUCUCUACCAUUAGGAAGUGCUGGCCAGUCCAUGGGUCCUCGUCCCUCCAUGGGAGUCCCUGCCCCUCGGGCCAUGACACCCUACAAGUACGCCACCAGCGUACGCAACACUAACCCCCAGGUGGUGCACCCCAUCACCUUACAGCAGGUAAAACUCACUAACCUGGCAGCAGGUGGCUUAGCGUUUAGAGCGUAGGGCCAGUAACCGAAAGGUUGCUUGUUCGAAUACCCGAGCUGACAAGGUGAAAAGUCUGUGUCCUUGAGCAAGGCAAUUAACCCUAAUUUGCUCCAGAGGUGGCGUACUACUAUGGCUGACCCUGUAAAAAUAUAUUUUAUAUUUGAGAUUCUUCAAAUAGCAACCCUUUGCCUUGAUGACAGCUUUGCACACUCUUGGCAUUCUCUCAACCACAUUCACCUGGAAUGCUUUCCAACAGUCUUGAAGGAGUUCCCACAUAUGCUGAGCACUUGUUGGCUGCUUUUCCUUCACUCUGCUGUCCGACUCAUCCCAAACCAUCUCAAUUGGGUUGAGGUCAGGGGAUUGUGGAGGCCAGGUCAUCUGAUGCAGCACUCAUCACUCUCCUUCUUGUAAAAUAGCCCUUACACAGCCUGGAGGUGUGUUGGGUCAUUGUCCUGUUGAAAAACAAAUGAUAGUCCCACUAAGCCCAAACCAGAUGUGAUGGCGUAUCGUUGCUGUGGUAGCCAUGCUGGUUAAGUGUGCCUUGAAUUCUAAAUAAAUCACAGACAGUGUCACCAGCAAAGCACCCCCACACCAUAACACCUCCUCCUCCAUGCUUUAUGGUGGAAAAUACACAUACAGAGAUCAUCCGUUCACCCACACCGCGUCUCACAAGACACGGCGGUUGGAACCAAAAAUCUCCAAUUUGGACUCCAGACCAAAGGACAAAUUUCCACCGGUCUAAUGUCCAUUGCUUGGGUUUCUUGGCCCAAGCAGGUCUCUUCUUCUUAUUGGUGUCCUUUAGUAGUGGUUUCUUUGCAGCAAUUCAACCAUGAAGGCCUGAUUCACACAGUCCCCUCUGGACAGUUGAUGUUGAUGUGUCUGUUACUUGAACUCUGUGAAGCAUUUAUUUGGGCUGCAAUUUCUGAGGCUGGUAACUCUAAUGAACUUAUUCUCUGCAGCAGAGGUAACUCUGGAUCUUCCAUUCCUGUGGUGGUCCUCAUGAGAGCCAAUUUCAUCAUAGCACUUGAUGGUUUUUGCGACUGUAUACCCCCCUACCUUGUCGCAACACAACUGAUUGGCUCAAUGCAUUAAGAAGGAAAGAAAUUCCCCAAAUUAACAAGGCACAACUGUUAAUUGAAAUGCAUUCUAGGUGACUACUUCAUGAAGCUGGUUGAGAGAAUGCCAAUCUCAAAUAUAAAAUAUAUGUUGAUUUGUUGAACACUUUUUUUGGUUACUACAUGAUUCCAUAUGUGUUAUUUUAUAGUUUUGAUGUCUUCACUAUUAUUCUACAAUGUAGAAAAUAGUAAAAAAUAAAGAAAAACCCUGGAAUUAGUAGGUGUGUCCAAACUUUUGACUGGUACUGUAUAUAUAUUCAUCACUGCCCUGUUUUAAACUCUUCGUUGCCUGUCUUUCUCCUCUCAGGCUCAACCAGCUGUACAUGUGCAAGGUCAGGAGCCUCUCACAGCCUCCAUGCUGGCCGCUGCACCCCCUCAGGAGCAGAAGCAGAUGCUGGGUGAGUGCUGGAACAGAUUGGUGGUGUGUCAUAUUGGUUCUUGGAAGUUCAAUGACAAAUUCUAG